CAACGCGGCCCGGGCCAUGGAGGCGUCGUACGAGUCCGAGUCCGAGUCCGAGUCUGAGGCCGGGCCUGGGACUCAGCGGCCCGGGACCGGGACCGUGAGCGCGGCCGUGCGCGAGCACUUGCGGAAGCUGUGUCUGCGCGAGUUCCCGUGCGGUGCCGGCAGCUGGAAUAAGUCGCGCUUUCUUCCUCAAACUUGGCGAACUUGGAGGGAGCUUGUCCCCAGAGAGGAGGUUGUGGUGAGCCCCGGAGAGGAGACGGUGGAGGCCCUGCUGGGCCUGGUCCGCAGCCGCCACUCCCCCUGGGCUCUGCUGAACAACUCGAAUGCAGAAGAUAGUUUCCUGAGAGAAUUGGCCAUCCGGAACCCGCUGACGAUCACAGACACCUUCUUCUACUCCUACUUCCGGUCCCUGCGGGUAGUAGACCAGGAGGUCACCCUGGUGGAUAAAGACCUCCUGAAAUUUCUAAAGCUGGAGGAGUUGGUACUGAGCGCCAAUCGAAUCAAGGAGGUGGAUGCCACCAAUCUGCCCCCUACACUCAAGGUGCUGGAGCUCUACGGCAAUGAGAUCAGCAGCAUGGAGUGUCUGUGCGCCCGCCCACCCGCCAGCCUGCAGCACUUGGGGUUAGGCUGCAACAAACUUCUAGGCCCCUUGGAAAGUCUCUACGUCACCGCUAAUCACUGGCCCAAUCUCAUCUCCCUGGACCUGGGCUUCAACAACCUGACAGACCUGCAGAGCAUGGUCACCAGCCUGAGGACCCUCCGGCACCUGCGACUCCUGGUGCUGCAGGGAAACCCACUGGCCUUGGUGCCCUACUACCGCGGCCUCGCCAUUGACAGCCUGGCCCAGCUCUGCGUGCUGGACGACAUCACCGUGUCUCCCAAUGAGAAGCAUCUCUUCCGGGGGCUCAGCCUCAAUGGCGAUCUCUUGGCACAGGAGGCGCAGUGUGUGGUGACCAUCGGAAACAUCAGAGGAGUCCUGGACACCUCUGUCUUAGACCCGGAACCCGGGCCCGAGGGCCCUUUCAUCACUUACAACUAUUACGUGACCUAUGAUUUUGUGAAAGAUGAAGAAGGCGAAAUGAAUGAGUCCGCGGGCGUGCUGGCCGAGAUCGUCAAGCCCUCUCCCAGCUUAGAAUUAUUAGUUGAGGAAUCUCCUGAAGAGGUCGUCGAAGACGUCAUCGAAGACAUUGUUGAAGAGGUUACUGAAGGGGUCGAAGGGUCUCUGGAGUCUGAGGUGGAGGAGUCAGGAGAGUCGGAGCUGUCUGUCAUCUCGGGGCCUUCGACCAUCUUGCAGACUCCGAGGGCCUCUGCAGAAGAGCUGGCCAAGUUGCGGCUGCGUAUAGAUCCCCGGCUCUGCCCGUCCCCAGGGACUGUCCUCUUCAGCACCGCCCACAAGCCCUGGGCUGAGGUCAUCCCCUGCAGUUACGAGAUGCAGCACUCUCUCAGGGACCUGGUCCCACUGAAGGCCUUCCUGCUGGCGGGGACCACCGUGACCAUCGUGGAGGAGAAGAUUCUCUCCUGGCCUGUGGUGCUACCUGCUGUUGACAGUCCCCUGUCUGCCAAGAAAGGAAAGGGGGAGAAAGACAAGAAAGGGAAGGAGAAAGACAGGACGGGGAAAGGAGAGAAAGAGCCGGCCAAGGAGUGGAAGGUGCCGAAGAAGAAGAAAGAGCCGCCCAAGGAGCUCCGGCAGGACCCCCCCAUCCUCCAGGUGCUGGGCCGGGGCCUGGUGAUCCUGGAGCCCCUGCUCGCCGGGGAGCCCCUGGUGUCCACCGUGUGCAACUUCGGCGUGGUCCGCACAUUGACAUCUGACAGGCUGACGUUGGCCAGGGAUUCAAAGAAGAUUAAGAAAGUUGCCAAAAAAGGUUUGAGGUUCAGAAAGAACGUCCAGCUGGGAGGGAGAGAAAGGAGACAGGGAGUGCCGUGGGAGGUGGCUGCAAAAAGCAUGAGGCCCGAUCAUAGCAGAGCAACCCAUCAUACUGAAGCCGAAAAGUGGAAACAGGCCCGACAUGGUGGCUCACGCCUGUAAUCCCAGCACUUUGGCGUGCGGAUCACCUGAGGUGAGGAGUUCGAGACCAGCCUAGCCAACAUGGCGAAACCCCGUCUCUACUGAAAACACAAAAAUUAGCCAGGUGCGGUGGCGGGUGCCUGUAAUCCCAGCUACUCAGGAGACUGAGGCAGGAGAGUCUCUUGAACCUGGAAGGCAGAGGUGGCAGUGAGCUGAGAUCAUGCCAUUUCACGCCAGCCUGAAGAAGUAAACGUUGGAGGGCAUAUGCUACUGGACUUCAAAACCCAUGCCUAUAUGAACAUGUGAUUUGUGAUACUUAUCUGUGGGUUAAGACGGCCUUAAAAAGGUUUUUUUUAAAAUCUCUUUAAUGUUUGGCUUAAUUGAAGACGGCUGGAUUCUUACAGCUACUUCUGCAGUCAACUGCUUGCAAUAUGUUGCUGUAAUUGACGUGCACAAAGAAAAUCCAACCUCAGGCCCAUAAUUGGAAAAGAGGGAGUAUUUUAAUAGACCUUAAAAUAAUAUAAUUUCUUUAAUAUUACACCAAA